AUGGAGUAUAAGAACAAUGUGACAGAGUUUGUUCUCCUUGGGCUCACAGAAAAUCCAAAGAUGCAGAAAGUCAUAUUUACUGUGUUUUUGGUCAUCUACAUCAUCACUAUGGUAGGAAAUGUGCUCAUCGUGGUCACCAUCACCACCAGCACAUUGCUGGGAUUGCCCAUGUACUAUUUCCUGGCCCAUCUCUCCUUUAUUGAUGCUUGCUAUUCCUCUGUUACUACCCCUAGACUGAUUGUAGAUUCACUCUGUGAGAGGAAGACCAUCCUAUUCAAUGGAUGUAUGACCCAAAUCUAUGGCGAACAUUUCUUUGGAGGUGCUGAGAUCAUCCUUCUUACUGUGAUGGCUUAUGACCGCUACGUGGCCAUCUGCAAACCCUUACACUACACAACCAUCAUGAACCGGAGAGUGUGUGUCCUGCUAGUGGCAAUCUGCUGGGUGGGAGGCUUUCUUCAUGCAACCAUACAGAUCCUUUUCAUGUUUAGAUUACCUUUCUGUGGCCCUAACAUCAUAGAUCACUUUAUGUGCGAUCUGAACCCGGUGCUCAAUCUUGCCUGUACCGAUAACCACAUUCUAGGGCUCUUUGUUGUUGCCAAUAGUGGGUUCAUUUGUCUGUUAAUCUUCUUCCUCUUGUUGGUCUCUUAUGUUGUCAUCCUAUAUUCUCUAAGGACCCACAGCUUAGAGGGGAAGCGCAAAGCCCUCUCAACGUGUGUUUCCCACAUCACAGUGGUCAUCUUAUUAUUUGUGCCCUGCAUAUUUGUGUACACGAGACCCACAGCCCCUUUUUCUGUGGAUAAGGCAGUUGCUGUAUUCUAUGCUAUUGUAACUCCCAUGCUAAAUCCUUUAAUCUAUACCUUGAGAAAUGCACAGAUGAAAAAUGCCAUUAUAAAAUUGUGCAACCGAAACUUACUCACUGCA